ACUUGGCGGCCAUAUUGAAUAUUGUCUGUUGACAGUUAUAUCCAAAGGAAGCGCAAAGAUUUUGUUUUUGCUAACUUAUGCAAAGUGAACGUUUGUUGUGCUUUUCAGUUGAAUUAGGACGUAUGUCCCGAACUUUUAAUAGUUCGAUUUAAACCAAGAGAUGGAUGAAGAUGAACGGCAGAGGAAACUAGAGGCUGGGAGAGCUAAGAAAUCAUCCAGCAUGCCGCGAAGCCAGUCGCUUGCUAGCUUCCGACAGAAGCGGGCGAAAGGCAACAGUGCGGGGACGGCGAAAAAGACGCAGAAGAGGAAGGGCCAGACUGUCUCGCAGACUGACGGCACAACGCAAGACCGCUGCGUAGAACCAGCGCUUUGUUCAGCCAGUAGCACAGAGCUGAACAAUAAGACCAACCAUGAGGAAGCCCAGAAGCCAGUGAAAUCAGAGACUCUGCUGAAUCAGCCCCCCUCGCCGGACCAAAGCUUGUCUCCUGUGGAAGAUUUUAAAGAAGAGGAGCUAGUUGCACUCACUGGAAAAGAGCAGCUCAAGCAGUUGCAGCAGGCUGUGGAGAAGCGUAAUGAGAUAAUUGCGAGGCUCAGCUCCAACUUGCAGGAGGCUCUAGCCAGUAGAGAUCAGGUUCAGCUGGAGGCGCAGUCACUUGCUGGACAGAUUCAGGCUCUACAGAGACAACUCCAGCAGACCAGUGUAGAGUUUCUACGCAUCAAAAGUCAAUCAGGGCCUGAAAUCCUCAACACUCAACAACAGCGUCAACAUGUUGAUUGCUCCCAAAGUGCGAGCCAUAAGGAGGCACCAUCAGGAGAAUCUGAAAGUGCAGGACCUCAUUCAGAGGCACAUGGUGAAGGCUUCAGCAUGGACAGUGACCCAGACACUAUUCUACAUAAACUGCGGACUGAGCUGAAAGAAGAAAGGGAGAGCAACCAACGUGUAUGUGCUGAACUAGCGGAGGAGAUGGAGAAACACCAACGUGUGCUUUCUUUGCUGGAGGAGGAGAAGAAAGGCAGGGAAGAAGAGCGAGAGGAGAGGGAGACACUGUUGCAAGACCUCAAGACCCAGUUGAACUUAAUCCAAACCCAGUGCCUUGAGAUGCAGCAAUACAAAGCAGAGAAGGAGAAGCUGAACAGAGAAGUGCAGGAGCUGAGGACAAGGCUUCAGGAGGAAGAAGGUGCAGAAAGGAGAUUUACUGAGAGGCUACAGGAGGAGGUGCAGAGACUGAAAGAGGAGCACAGAGAGGAGGUGGAGCGAGUUAGGCAGCUGUUGGAGGAGAGGGAGAAAGAACUGAAGUUUAGGGAGGAAGAGGUCAUAGGACUCAAAGCCUCUAAGAAUCGGCAGAACCAAGCAAAAGCUGGUUUUAACUGUGAGGAGAGGAUUAGUAUUGAUGAGGCCGAUCUGCAAAGUGGACCUGAUCAAGACAGCAUGAAUGUAUCUAUACCUGGGGAUAUUCUGAUGGAGCGCUACUUGUCUUCAGCUCCUCCUGCACACACUCAGUCUUCAAUGGUUGAUGAAAGCUUUGACCACUGCAAUCAGCUGGACAUCUCUGCAGAGUACAGUUUUGAGCUGAAUAGUGAAGUGUUGGGAGAUGAGCCUCUUUUAUCCAUUUCAAACCGUUUUCCUGAAGAAAACAACAACCUCCUUAACAGUCCCAGCCCACAUUGCUCCCCUGACAUUGCUGCUGCUGCUGAUAAUUCCAGCCAUCAUUCUUUAUCCCAGUGGCUUCUUAACUCCUCUUCCAGCGAGCAAGGAAUGAGUAAAUUCUCCGAGCAGAAGUUUGGGGACACAGACCUGGAAAAAGAGCUGCUGAAUCAGCAGUGUGGGGAGCUCCGUGAGGAGCUGGCUGUCAAAGACCGGGACUUGAAUGUGUUAAGGGAGGAAGUUAUCAAGAGUGCUGAAGAGGUGGAAGAGGCAAGGAGCAGGUGGGCCCAAGUAUCAGAAGAGCUCAGACAGGCUCUCUGGGAACUUGAAGAAGAGAAGGGUAAACGGAGACAGUUUGAGGAGGAGAUGAACUUGAAAGCCCGUGAACAAGACAACCUGAAGAACAAACUCAGUGCCUUAAUGGAAGAAAAAGAAAAAGAGAAUGCAGUAAUGUUAGUGGGAAAGGAAGCUGCUGAAACCUGCCUGCUGGUUUCUCCAUCGCAGGAGGGAGAUAAGCUGGUAGGAGAGCUAAAAAAUGUUAAGGAGAAGGAGACUGCACUCCCAUCUAAUCAAAAACAGCAUGAGCUGCUGGUAUUGCCUCUGCAGGAGAUAAAGCAGGCUUCAGAAUCUGCCAAACAGAUCCCAGAGCUCAGAGAUGACGGCCAGCUGCAAACACUGCAGGCUCACUGUGACUGUCUCUUGUUGGAGCUGGAGAAGACAAAAACAAUUCAUAAAAGCACGGGAGCCCUUCUAGGUCAAAAGACUAUGGAGCUGGAUGAAACAUUAAAGAACCUUGAAACUACACAUGCACAGUUUCUAAAUGUUCAAACAGAGGUGGGAAUAUUGCGGGAAGAGUUGGAGAAGAAUAAGGGCUUUCUGGACAGUGCUGAAAAAGACAAGGUGGAACUGGAAUCGCAGAUUGUCUGUUUGAAACAAACCUCGGCCAACCUGGAGGAGGCCCAUGCCCGUGCAAUGCAAGAGAGGGAGGAGCACAGGAGAAGGGAAGAGGAGAUGGAUGAGCGGAUUAAAAAAAUGGAACAAGUUUUAGAGGAGGAACUGGAACAGUUUGAGAACCUGCUAAAAGCUAAGGAUGCCGAGCUGGCAGAAGAGAGAGAAAAAUGGGAGGAGGAGAGACAGGAGAAGGAGAAAGAGCUCCUUGAUGUGAGGCAUCACCUGGAAGGGCAGAGGAAGGAGAGGGAGGAGGUGGUGAAGGCUCUUCUGGAGAAACAGGUCAUUGCUGUUGAGGAGGCUACAGAAAGGCUCAAGACAUCUCACCAACAGGAGAUACAAGACCUGGUGGAGAAACAUCAACAAGAGAUUUCUGAGUUGAAUACUCACAUGGAGUCAGAACUGCUGAAGCAACGGGCCUUUAUGGAGGAGGAACAGAAGAAACAGAUCAGCCUAAUCAAACAGGUAACUGAACGUGAACAUGAGAGAAUCGUCACAGAGCUCACCGCUAAACACAGUGAGGAGCUAAUUCAGUUGAGGGAGAGCAUGGAGGCUGCCCACCAGGCUGAACUGCAGCAGGCACAGGUCCAAAAGACCACUGAGCUUGAAGUCUUGCAUCUGAGCCUGACAAAUGCCCACAUGGCCCAGCUGGAGCACUCCCAGUUAAACUUGCAGCAGGACCAUGAGUCUGCCCUCACCCAGAUCCAGGCCACUCUGAGGGAGACAUUUGCCCAGGAAAGUGCAUCUCUGCUUUCCCAGCAUCAGUUAGAACUUGAUCAGAUCAGAAAGCAGAACCAGGAGCAGCAGGAGAGACUCUGUGAGAAACACCAACAAGACAUGAAUGAGUUGAAGCAGCAGUGCGAGACUUCUGCUGCUCAGGAGAGAGCUGCCAUUGAUGAGCAGCACACCAAAGAGACGCAGGCUCUAAGUUUGCAGUGGGAAAAAGAUGCUGAAAGCAUCCAGUCAAGCCUCCAAGCAUCUCUCUCAGAGACCCAGAACAGCCUUACAGCCACCCGGAGAGAACUCGCCAGCACCCAGGCCUCACUCUCUAAAUCCAGCAAAGCUCUUACUGAAGCCCAGGCAGCUCUGUCCCAGACACAGACAGAACUGUGGGAGUCACGGGCCAGUCUGGAGGAACUCCAGAACUCCAGUAAGGAGCAGAAAAACAAACUAAUGGAGGAACUGAAACAAGCCUUGGCUGACAGAGAUGCUGCUGCCCGAGCUCUGGAGGAGUUGGUUUCCAGUCACAAGGCAGUGCUGCAGGAGAAGGAGCAGCAAGCACUCCACCUAGAGGAGAAGGAACAGCAACUGCAGCAAGAGGUUUUGCGCCUCCAGGAGGAGAAGACUCUGCUAAAACAAAGCUCAGAAGAAGAAGUAGGUCAACUGUGGACCCAGCUGGAGAGCAUGAGGACUAGUCGCCAAGAGUUAGGAGAGCUGAAGGAGCAGCUACUUGCCCGCUCGUCUCGUGUUGAUGACAUUGAGCGUUUGAAAACAGAGUUUAGCGAUCAAAAACGGGAAAUCAAAGAGCUGCAUGAAGCUGAGCUGGAAAGCCUGAGGAGGUACUUUGAGCAGAGAUUGAAGGUGACAGAGGAGAACUACAGAGAAGAAAUUGCUCUUCUCCAGCUGAAGCUGGUGGAAGGUGCCUUGGAAGAAUCUGUGUUGAAAACCACAGAUGACAGUUUCAUACCUCAAGACCAAGCAGAAGAAGCAAAAGAUCAUGUUCUUUCUGAUACUGGCCUCAGUUUGGAGAAACACAAGGAAGUGCUUGACAGUUUACGCCUUCAGCUCGAGGAGAAACACACAGUGGAGCUCGCCAAUCUGCAGUCUUCUAUGGCUCUUUCCUUUAAGGAAGAACUGCAGCAGGUGCGCUCAGACCUCACUGACCACUACUAUGAAGAGCUGCAGGAGGUCAAGACUCGUCAUGCACUUGAACUGGAGCAACUCAGAGCCAAGCUUUCUGACCUUCACUUGCAAGAGCUGACCAGAGUUCAUUUGGAGGCAGCAAGGCAGGUUGAGGUGGAGGUGGAGCACAGGACGUGGUGUCACACUGAGGAGCUGCAGACGAGAAUGACCAUCAUCCACACCCUGGAGAACAGAUUUGCUGCCUUGAGUAAACAACAUGAAGAGGAGGUUCAAAGAAACACACAAAAGUUGAAACAGGACUUUUCUGGGGAGCUCAUUCUUCUUGAGGAAGCUCUGAAACAGGAGAGGGAGCAAAUGCAGGAGGAGAGAAAGAGGAUCAGAGAAGAGCUUCAAGAGAAGCAUGAAACUGAGCUCUCUGCCAUGAGGUCAGAGCUUGACAAGGAGAUGGAGAAGGAGAGGAUGCACCUUGAAAAAGUACAACAUGAGGAGAAGGAGAAGUUCAAGUCUCUACAGGCUACACUAGAUAACGAUGAAAUCCUCAUUGUGAAGCAGAAACUGGAGGCCCAGUAUGACAGCCAGCUGCAAAGGGUAACGAGCUGCAUGGCAACUGAAAUCAAGGAGCUCACGGUGCUCCUUGAGCAGGGUCAAGAGCAGCUACGCCAAGCCCAAGAGAGGUUCCAAGAGGAAAAAUCAGUGUUGGAGCAGAGUUUGGACCAAAAGUAUAAAAUCUCUCUGGCAGAGCUUAAGAACAAACAUCAAACUGAGCUGGAACAUGAGAGAGCAACACUACUGAACAAACACUCCCAAGAGCUGGACACACUCAGUGCCAAACACAAAGCACAACUAGAUUCACUCAGUGCCAGUCACAGAGAUCAGCUUGCAGCUAUGGCCGUUGAGCUUGAAUCCAAAUACAACGCUGAGCUUGUUGCCUUGGAAGCAACCCUCAAUUCCAAACGAAAGGCAGACCUUGAAAGUUUGGAGGCCGUCUUUCAGGAGACCAAUCAGGCUCAGCUGGAAGCCUUAGAAGCAGAGUUAGUUCGCAGACACCAGGAAGAAAAGGAUGAACUGGAAAAGAGAAUGCUGGGUAAUAUGGACACUCUUGAGGCCACCUACCUGAAGGAAGUGCAAACACUACGUGAUGAAAUGAUGCACCUUGAAGAGAGACAUCGUGAAGACCUGAAUCGUCAGAGAUCAGAACACAGGCAGAUUAUGGAGCACCAUGCCACAGAGCAGCUGUCCAUCAGGGAGGAACUGAGGAAAGAGCUGGCUCAGGUGCACAUAGAGAAGUUUAGUGCCAUGGCAGCGGAGCUCAGCCACGUUCACAAGUCUGAACUGACUGCUCAGAAAGAGGCCUUAGAUACUGAACACUGCAGAGCCCUGGAGACCCUUAAGAAGCAGGUUUUAGAACUAGAGCAACAACAUAGCACUGCUCUUCAGGAGCUCUCACAUACCUACGCAGCUGAGAAAGAACAACUCAUCGAACAGCACCAACUCCUGCUCCAGGAGUUGAGGGGUGUCUCUGCACGAGAAUUGGAGGCAUGUCGCAGGGAGCAUGUAGAGGAAUCAUCAAGGCAACGUCAGCACUUCUUAGAAGAGGUGGACCUCCUCAAAGUCCAAUCAGAGGAGAAGCUGCAGGACAGGAUUAAUCAACUGAAGACGGAGUUUGAAGAACAGAAGCUGGUGGAGCUUGAGGACCUCAGGCGGAGCUUCACAUCCGAACAGGAGGAGAAGGAGCGGAGCUACACUGGCAAAAUGAGUCAGCUCACUGCCCAACUGCAGCAGCUAGACGCUGUGGUGGCCCAGCUGCAAGCAGAGGUUGGCUGUCUACAGGCAGAGUUAAAGGGGAAGCGCGCAGAGAUGGAAACUUUGGACACUCUCCUUCAACGAAGGGAGCGAGAGAGUCAGGAGGGAGGCAACCUUCUAAAGAUGCUCACUGAUGACUUACAAACUGCUAAAGAGGAACGACGUAAACUGGGCGAGGCCAAUGAAAAGCUAAGGAAUGUGUUGAUUGAGAUGAUUCGCAGCACGAUUAUUACCGAAGAGCUAAUUGGAAAUAAAAUCAGUGCCAGAGUCAAGACAUCUGAGAAGGUGACCCAUCAGAGGAGCUCAACAGGGAACAAAGAUGCACAAGAAUCAGGCAUUUCAGUUGCAGACUUGUCUUCAGAUGACCCGGAGCUGACCCACUUCCUCUGUGAGAGCCUGCUGGUUUCGGAUACUCAGAUCAGUCCUGGGGGAGAAGAAGCAGCUUUAAAUGCCUGUAGCAGACUGCGUCACACUGUUGACACAUUGCUGGAGCUGCUCAAUCAGGCCAACACACAGCUGGAGCAGACUCAUGAUGUCCACCGUUCUCUGGAGGAAAAGUUCUCUAAGGGCAGAGAAGACUCCGCCCAACUCCUUGAGCAGCACAAGCUCGUAUUGGAACAGCUCGAUCAGGUGGUCAAGCUGAAGAGUCAGCUUGAGCUUGAACUCCACAAGACAGAGGGACUUCUGGAUGGCUGCAUUGCUGAGAAGGCUGUCCUAGAGGAGUCUCUGCAGCAGAAGGAGGCAAAAGAGGAGAGAUUAGCAGAGGAGCUGGAGGACCUGAAAGUGAAGCUGAACCAUAUGCAGGGCCUCACUGCACAGCUGGACAAUCUGAGACUGAAGCAUCAGGAGCUCAGUGAGGAGCACACAGUUCUCCUGCGCCAGAAGGAACAUCUCUCCGCUGGGCUGGGCGAGAGGGAGAAAGCUCUACUGACAGAGACGGAGCGUUUGGCCCAGGAUAAGCUGGACUUGCAGCGGCAGGCGGAGAAGGACCACAGCUCUCUGUCCCUGCGCCUCAGGGCCAUGGAGAGAGAGCUGGAGGAGCAGGAAACAAAGGGCCUGGAGACAGAGCAACACCACAAGACCCACACCGAAGACCUCAACCAGCAGGUCCAAGCGCUCGAAAAACAGCUGAAACAUGAUCGGCAGUUUAUAGAGGAGCAGGCUGUGGAGCGUGAACACGAGAGAGACGAGUUCCAGCAGGAGAUUCGAAGGCUGGAGGCUCAACUCAGACAGACAGUCAGUGUGGAUAACAAAGGACACAGGUUUGAGGACUUGGUUCUGCAGGUGGAGAGUCUACAAGCUAUCAUUAAAGACAAGACAGAGGACCAUGCUUCCUUGCUUGCAGCCAAUCAGCAAGCCCAGCGUGACCUUGCAGAACGGAAUGAGGAGAUAGACAAGCUUGCUGGGCGAAUCAGAGAGCUAGAGCAAGCACUGCUUAACAGCACAGAGAGUAAUAGAUCUGUCAGUCAACUGGAACAAGAACUCCACAGAGCAAAGUUAAGAGAACAGGAGCUCACACAAGAUAAGCAGGCACUAGAGCAGCAGCAGCUGUCGAACAGGCUUCAGAUCUCCGCCCUUCAGUCCAAACUGGAUGAGACAAGACACUGUUACAAUGACAACAUGCGUGACCCAACCCAGGAGCUUAGGGAUGCCCUGGACACUGCUCAGCAGAGCCUACACAGCAAAGAGCGAGAGAUUGAGGUUCUGCAUGGCCAACUCGGCAAUGUACAGAGGGACUUGAGCAUCAAAGAGGUUGAACUAAAACACCUCACACUACAGCUGGAGCUGCUGACCAAUCAGAAUACAGCUCAGGUUAAUGAGCUCCAAGAGCAGAUUGCUGCCCUAAAGGAAAAUGUGUCUGCUCUCACCAUAUUCAAGGAAGAGAAAGAGGAGCAGUGUGAGGUGGAGGAUCCAGAGGAAGAGGCCCUCCCCUCAGCAUUACUCCAGGAGAAAAAUCAGGAGAUCGACCACCUGAACAAUGAGAUCCAAAGAUUGGAGCAGGAGUUGGAGAACACCAGGGACACCAAGAUUUUGGAGGCUGAGCUUGAAGAUCUGCACUCACAGGUGGAACACCUUCAUUCUGAAAUCAUGAGGCUGCGUGAGGACAAACAGGAAGAAGAGGAGCGGCUUCACGAGGUCAUCAGCACGCUGCAGGCAGAACUCGCCACAUUAGGCCCCAACCUGCAUGAAGUGAGUGACUCUCAGGAUGGCGACAGCAUCAAUCCCUCACCAGCUCCCAGCCCAGAACCUCGCCACUAUGCCAUCCAGGAGCAAGAGAAGAGGGAACGCCCUAACAGCCUGGAGCAAGAGCUCAGUCUGACUCACUCUGCCUCAUCUCGGUCCCUUCGUUCUCGUUUGAAAACACUACAGAAUCAGCUGGAGACUGCUGUGGCAGAGAAAGAAGGACUGGAGCGAUUAUUGCUCACGCAGGAGGAGGAGUACAGGGGACAUGGAGAGGAGUUCGGAAAGAGGCUGAAAGCUGAGAGGGAGAGGGCAGAUGAACUCCAAGGUCUCCUGAUUGUCAAAGAAACUGAGUUGGAGGAAGUCAAAUCCCAGAUAGAAGAGGAGAGAGACAAGAGGAAACUGUCUGAGGAGGAGAGGGACACUUUCAAAAUUCAAGCUGCAGAGGUGAGCACCCUGCAUGAGAAGAACGACCAUCUCAGUUGCCUGAUUAUAGAGCUCAAGAAUAAAGAACAGGAGAACAUGAGCGAGAUCCAGACUCUAAAAACAAAGGAGCAGGAGAUGAAGAUGGAAAUAGAAGUCCUCAGAGAAACCAGUCUUACUCUUGAGAGACAAAUUCAGGAGGUAAGAGCCGAGGUGGUGGAUAUGGAGGAACUGGUUGCUGAUGAAAGAACAAAUAUUAAAACCCUCGAGUCAGUCAAAGAGGAGCUUUCUGCUGAACGCGACAUGCUGAGGAGGAGAGAGGGGCAACUCCAGGAGGAAAUUGAAAGGCUCAGACAGGAAGUAACAUCAAUGAGAACUUGUAUCCAGAACCUGAUGGUUCAGCUCAAUGAGAAGGAAUCCAGCCAAGAAGAUGCUCAAAAGGAAGUCCUGACCCAUGCUGAGGUGACCCUAGCUAAAGCAGACGCUGCCUUGAGACAGAAGGAGGGUGAGCUUGCCGAACUGAGGGCAGAGCAUCACGCUCUGAGAGCAGAGCUUACUGCGGUGAAACAGGGUCUGACUACAAGUACAGAAAGAGCUGAGAAACUGCAUGAGGAAGGACAGACUAAAGGCCGUGCCCUAGUGGACCUGGAGAGUGAUAACCAGCGGCUGAAAGCAGAGCUUCAAGGUCUACAAGAAGACCUUGCUGUACAGGAAGAAGAACUGGCCUUUCAGAAAAGAGAACUACAGCAACUCAGACAACAAUAUCACCAGCAGAACACAUUUGCUCACCAACACGGAUACCGACAGAAAGAUAUUUCUCAUAGAGCUUUUGAAGACGUUGUGAGUGUCUCUCGUGAUGAAGCCUCUCUGAGCUCUCCAGAGGUUUUAAGGAGACUUGAAUGCUCUGAAGACAGAAUUCCAGAGCGCUUCCACACUUCUGUUCUCGGCUCUCGUCUGUCUGAGAUCAGUGCUCUCGAUAGCACAGGCCUGGACUUCCCCCACAUCAAGACCUCUCCCAGGGUUGUGAUGGAGCCGCCACACUCCAGGACCAUCACACCACAUUCAGUCACACAGAGUACCCAUUCCCCGGGCUCUGUGUCGAUGUCUGACAACUACUCCAUGCUUGACUCACUGGACACUGACAAAGUGCAUGAGUUGGAAGUACUUGACCUAACGGCACCUCCAUCUACCCUUGGCUCCAGCUCCUCCUUGUCGGCACCAGAAUGGGCCAGUGAUGGCUAUGGCAGCAAUGUGAGCUCAGAAUUGGGUGCGAGGUUGAGAGUGGAGCUUGAGCAGACAGAACGGCUGGAUGCCCAGUUUGUUGAAUAUCUCCGCUGCCGAGGAAUAAACCCCGCUGUUAACACAGAUAGUGCCGCAGGCAGUAUGAGCUACAGUGAUGACCUGUUGUCACCAGAGCUUCAGGGGCUACUGAAGAAAGUGUAUCAAGAAAGCUGCCGAAUUCUCACUUUGUCCCAACGUCGCACUGCUUCCUCAACCCAGCCUCAUGUCUCAGACUUCAAAGCCUUAUCGUUGAGUCAGACGCAGCAUCAUUCCGAAGAUAGCUCCAUGCUACUGGACCACAGGGACAAAUCAUCUUCCAACCCCCCCAUGAGCUGGCAGCAGGAGAAGAGGGCACUGCAAGAGACUGUUAUUGCUCUCAGAGAGCUGCUCUGUCGAAUGGCCCAGAGACACGCAGAGACUGACUACAGAGGUGAUGAUGACUGGCACAGAGAUCAGCUUAGUGGACAGGUUGAAACCCAGCUGAGGGCUGAGCUGGAGGAGAGCCAGAAACAACUGAAAUGUGCUCAUGACACUCAGCAAGAACAAAAGGACAAAAUGCAAUCACUCAGGCUGGCUGUGGAAGAGUGUGAAGAAACCUUGAGGAGGGAGCAGACCAGAGUCCAGGAGCUUCAACAUCAACUCGAGCAGGAGAGAGCUGUGAGUCUUCGCAAGGACAGAGAGGAGGAGGAAAGGAGAGGGGCCUUGCAAGUAUCCUCUGAGCAGCAGAGGUCAGAGGUCAUGGCUCUAAAGGGUCAGGUAGAGCAGGAGAGGGUUGCCUGCAGCAACCUCAGACAGGAGCUUCAGAUAGAACAGUCCCGCAGUGUGCUGCUGGAAAAACGCCUAGACGACAACCAGAAGGAGCUAGAAGAUGAACGUCAACGUUCUGCUCACCAGCUAGAGCUCAGCGUGCAAGAAAAGACUCGUCUUGAGUGCCUCCUCACUGAAGCAGAAUCUCGGUCAACAGAACUUCACUCUAAGCUUGCAGAUGCUCACAGGAAAAUGGAUGAAGAGAGAGACCGCUUUUCCCGACAGUUGGAUGAACUCAGCCGCAGACACGAGGCGGAUGCAGUCAGAGACAGGAAGUUCAUCUCUGACAUGCGUGCCCAGCUCGAGCAGGAGCGAAGGCAAGGGGAAGAGUUGGUAUCUGUGAUGGAUAAACUGAGGACUGAGCUACUGCAGAGUAAAAGGAAAUGGGAAGAGGAGGACAGAACAAGGAGAGAGGAGCUGCAGAGGGAGCGGGAGGCCGCCACCCGACAUCGUGUAGCUAUGGAGACCUUGAAGGAGCAGAAACAGGAAGCUAGCCAUGCUUUAGAGAUGGAGCGAGAGCGAUCCAGAUGCCAAGGGGUGGAGCUGGCAGAGCUGAAGGAGAGACUGCGACUGCUGAAGGACAAAGAGAGGGAGAGGGAGGAGCAGUGGGAGAGGGAGAGGAGGAAGGGGAGACAAGAGCAGAUGGAGAGAGAGAGAAGACAGGAGAGGACCAAUAACAAACUGUGUGAGUUGGAGUUGUUGAGGCAGCAGGACCAGCAGCGCAUGCAGGAGUUGCAUUGCACCCUGGCAGAGCUGGAAAGAGAGGAGAAAGAGAUGGCUGCUCAGAGGCUUUCUGGACGAACCACAGGGCAGCAACACAAGGCUGCGCCUUCACAGAAUCUCCAAAGUAACUUCAGUGCAGGCGGCACACAAAACCAACAGACGCUGCCCGUGCCGUCAUCACCUACUCUGCUGGAGAAGUUGUUGAAAGAGAACUCUGAGUUAACGGAGCGCGUGACAUCCAUGAGUCAGGAGAGAACCACCCUCAAACACAGACUCACCUGCCUGGAGCGUGAGCUGCGCCGCACAGAGAAUGAGCUCGCCAAGGUCACUACAGAAACUGAAAACAGGCCAAUCAAUGACAUGACCAGCAACAGCAAGGUUCAACGUUUGUAUGAGCGCUACCUGCGUGCUGAGAGCUUCAGGAAAGCUCUGGUGUACCAGAAACGUUACUUGCUGCUGCUGUUGGGAGGUUUCCAGGAGUGUGAGCAGGCCACACUAUGUCUCAUUGCUCACAUGGGGGCCCGUCCGUCCCCCCCACUGUCCUCCCAGCGUAGACCCCUCGGACGAUUUAGGACUGCUGUACGAGUGAUCAUUGCUGUCUCGAGAAUGAAGUUCCUGACCAGGAAAUGGCAUAGAGCAAUCAGAAGAUUAUCCUUGUCUGGAACUGUCAAUGGGCAUGCUUCAGGGCCUAAAGUUGAAGUUUUAAGGCAACAACAGCCACGGUACAAUACUGACACAUCACCAAACAGAGACAGCAGUGCCGACCACAGAGACACCGUGUCAGCCCUUGUACCACCCACCAAAUCACCCUUCAGGCUACACAACAGGUCAUAUUCCAGCACCAGUGUUGCCUCAGGGCAUUCAGGAGGAACGUCCCAGGAUCCGGAGCGAUCGCUGACUGAAUAUAUCCACCAUUUAGAAAAAGUCCAACAGCGGUUGGUUGGAGCGAGGCAAAUAAGCGAGACUAAUUUAGCCCCGCCCCCAAAAGAGGAAAGGAGGAUACAGUCAGCCUGUUCCCCUGAUAUGAUUGGUUAUCGGCAGCGCUGGCUGCAGGAGAAUAGGACGUGGCUGUACCUGAGCUGCUUGUCGCCUCUUUACCUUUAUGGUCCAGGUUCAUCUGUUCUCCAGCCCAAACCGAAGCUGUUUGACCACUGAAGGAAUGUCUCCACUCUGCAUAUCGUUACAAGACUGUCCCUGCCUUAGGGCCAUGUAGAGAUCUGUAGAAGGGAGUAUAUCACGUGUUGAGUUAUUUGAUAACAUGAUUUUUAUAAAUAUGUAAAUUAUAUUUCAAUAUUUUCUAUUGUAAUUUUUCUAUUCUCUUGUUGCCAGAAUAUUUUUCCCCAUUAUUUUAAAUAUGUCUGUCUGUUAUUUUUCUACUAAUGUUUUAUACCCUUUUGUGCUACUGUAUGUAAAUAGGACUGAUGUUCAUUUUACAUGUGUCCAAAUUUGCACUGGUUUUAUACUGGGAAUCCGUGAGCAGCCUAGGUAAUGAGUGCGUACUGCAUAAAGGUGAACCAUAUGUGUCUCUUGUAUUAUCUGUGUUUCCACUAUAAAGUUGAUAAAUAUUUUAAAAUGUGCGCUUUCAAACCGAACAGACUGGGUUUAUUUCGCGGCAGCUCUCCUAUUUAGAGUAUAUCAUGGUGUAUCUGUCAUUUUUGCACAAUGAAAGACACGAUCCAUAGUGCACAUUAGAUUUUUUUGUGCUAUAUAUUUAUUCAAGAUAAAUACAAGAUAAACAGGUUCAGUAACAGAGGUCCCAGACAGAGACUAACCAAACAUUACUGAGAUUAAGAAUGUUGUCUUGUGUUGACAUUUCACUUUUGCAGUCCAGAUUCAAACGACAUUUUGUGUAUUUAAAGCUUAAUUUUUGCCAUAAGUUGUCUGUUAUUCUUAUUCUGUUAUUCUUGUUUAUUAUUAGUCAGGCUGUGUCUUAUUUUCCUUUUGUAGUCAGUUUUAUCAUUAUGUACCAGUACUCCAAUUUCCAGUAGGAAAAGAAAAAAAAUCUAUGACAAGGUUAGUAAAAGUAAAUGUAAAUAUACUCAUGGUAUGUCAACAUUGUGAGUUAAGUCAAAACUGACUGUUUUGAGCUACAAAGUCGCAUUACUAAUCUUGACUUUUAAAUUUUGACUUUUCAUCUUUUUUUUUUCCUUGUUCUGAAGGUAGUUAGUAGUUUUUAAUUGACUAUAUUUCUUAUACAUUUUUGAGCAGCCUGUCAACUCCACGACAAUAAACACGUUUCCUAAUUGUUAUUACUGAGA